AGGCGCACCAGCGCCGCGCGUUUCCCGCCCCGCCCCGCCCCCGCCGCCGCCGACCACCACCACCGCUCGCCGCCGCCGCCUGCGCCGCUCCUCUCAGCGAGGGUGGAGGUGGAGCAGCUCCUCCUCUCCGUCCUCGACGACCCCUCCGUUAGCCGCGUCAUGCGCGAGGCCUCCCUCUCCUCCGCCGCCGUUAAGUCCUCCAUCGAGCAAACCCUAGCCUCUUCCUCUCCCUCCUCUCCGCCGCCGUCGCCGUCAUCAAAUCCCUACCUCAGUCCCCGCUUUCGCGAAUCUCAAAGCACCAGCGUGGGCGUCGGCGUCGGCGGCGGAGGAGAGGGGGGGGAUUCACAAAGGAGAGAUAUAGAUGCGCGGAGGGUGUUCGAUGUAAUGCUGAGGCCCCGCAGACGGAACCCGGUGAUCGUCGCGGACUCUGAUUAUCUGGAAGCCGUCGCGAAGGAGAUGUUACGGAAGAUCAAGGCCGGCGGGGGAGCCGCCCACGUGAUCGCCUUCAACAACGAAAACGAACUCCGUGAUCGGUCGCGUAUUUCAUUCCACAUUCGAGAAUUGAGCGCUUCAAUUGAAAGCCGGAUUGAUGGUGGCGGCGCCGUCAUGCUCGAUCUCGGCGAUCUCAAAUGGCUCAUGGAGUGCACUUGGCCGGACUUUGCCCGGGAGGUGGUUGCAGAGAUUGGUAAGCUAGUGAGUAGGUUUAGCGGCGGUGGCGGUGGCAGUGGCAGUGGCGGAGGCCGGUUUUGGCUUGUUGGUGCCGCCACGUGCAACACAUAUCUCCGGUUAUGGAUAAAUUACCCGACGGUGGAGGAUGAUUGGGACCUCCAAGCUGUGCCGAUCGCGAUGAGGGCGCCGCUUUACUACACUCUACCGAGGUUUUGCAGCAUGGCGGUGCCCUUGAGCCGGCCUCCUGCGGCUGCCGAUGCAUCCACGAGGAUCGCAGCGAUGUGCCAGCUUUGCACGGCGAAAUACGAAUUGGAAUUGGCGAAGCUCAUCGAAGAGGAUCGAAAGAAGUGCUUCCCGGAGAAGGCGGAAGCCCAGCAAGGGCUUCCGCAGUGGCUUCAGCUCGCAAUGCUCGGCAAUGAUCGGAUUCAGGCCGAGGAGAAAGCGCUUGUGUGGAAGCAGAGAAGCGAGGAGUUGCGGGUGAAAUGGAUGGAGAAGUGCUUCCUUCUCCACCCGAACUUCCACUCGGCACUUCUCGACUCCUCCGAGAAGCCCUCAUAUCCUUCCCUCACGAUGGCUCCCUCUUUUUUCGCUCCUUGCCCGCCGUUUAAGCCCGAUUCAACACUCGAUAAAAGCAUAACACCUCUCGAGAUACAUAAAACUCGGGAGAGAUCUUUGACUCGGCCGAAAAGCCCUCCCGGAAGCCCGGUGAAGACCGAGUUAGCUCUCGGGCCCUCGAAGCCUUGCAACUUCUCGGAAAAGCCCCGUGCGGAGCUUCUCAAGGACUUAUCUGAUCAACAACCUGAGUCUAAAAUUCGUGCAAUUUCGGAUACGGACUUCUUCAAGAAGCUCUUGAAGGGGCUUCUGGAGGAAGUCACUUGGCAACCGAAUGCCGCGUCGACCAUCGCCGCUGUUAUAACGCAAUGCAAGUGCGGGGGUGGGAGACGGCGGCCCCUUGGGCCCAAAGGAGACGCGUGGCUGCUCUUUCUCGGGCCCGAUAAGGUCGGAAAGAGGAAGAUGGCGACCGCCCUAUCGGAGAUCAUGUUCGGAACCCAUCCAAUAACAACUAGGUUUAGUGAUAGUUCGCUAGAAGAAGAAGAAGAAGAAGAUACCAAUAGAGAGUCCAACACAAAUUUGUGGGGCAAAACCUUUAUUGACAGGGUCAUGGAUGCCAUUCGUCGAAACCCUUUUUCGGUGAUUAUGAUAGAGGACUUUGAUCGAGCGGAUUCGCUAUUCCAACUAAACAUCAAACGGGCGAUGGAAAGGGGCCGCUUGACGGAUUCGCAUGGUCGAGAGAUCGGCCUCGGUUCCGCCAUCAUCAUCCUUGCAUCCAAUUGGUUGCCGCCGGAGGAGUUCAAUGGUUCCCAAGAUUCACUUAUUCAGUGUGAGGAGAAGUUACUAAACUCAUCAACUAGCAACUGGCAAUUGGAGUUCUCUAUUGUGGAUAACCCGGCAAAACGUCGAGAGGCUUGGCUUCGCGACAGUGAUCAGGCUUUGAAGCUAAGAAAGGGCUUAUUGGGGUUACCGUUUGACUUGAAUUUGGCAACGGAGGCUGAAGAUGAAGCCGACGAGGGCUCUCGCAACUCGAGUGAUGUCACAGUGGAGCGUGACUUUGAGAAAGGACGGCUCGCGAUCAAGUGUUCGACGAAAUCCCCAGCAUCCGACUUGAUGGAAUUGGCGGAUGCUUCUAUUGUCUUCAAUCCGAUUGAUUUCGAUCCGCUGAAGAGAAAAGUUUUAGAUUGCAUAUCGGAGAGAUUCAAAGCAAAAAUGGGCGACCGAUAUACUAUAAGGGUAGACGACGAUACCGUCGAUCGCAUAGUUGCAACUAUAUGGCUCAAAAAAGCUACAUUAGAGGAAUGGACUCAGAAAGUGUUGUGCCCAAGUAUCGAAAAUUCGAAGAACAAGUUGGAUGAUGCGCAAGGGCACAAGGCGGUGGUCCGGCUAUCGUCGGUUAGGGUUAGGGUUUGGGAUCCGACAGCACAGAAGAGGGGCGGAGGGCAAGAUCAGAUACCAAUUGCCGUCGAUACAUUGUAGAUAUAAAACUAGCAUUAGUAAUUAUUUUGCAAGUUACACAUAUGUGUAUAUAUGCAAAGAACAACCCCUUUUAUGAGUUAGAUAUAUGAGAUUUAACACUUAUAUGAUACUCUUUUUUGGGUAUUCUUUUUGUAGUUAACUCCAAUUUUGUUUGGAAAUUUUGUUGGUUACAAGAAAAGGUGUUUUUCCAUUUGA